CAGGUCGAAUCUCAGUCAGUUCAGUUUCCGUGCGGACUCAGUGUGCUGUUGCGGCGUGUCGUUUUGUGUCCUGUCACUAUCAUAUCUUCUGUCGGUCCUGUCCGCUCGGUCCCUGUACAUCAUCGUCUCUGUACUCUAGAACUGUGGACUAACCUAGAACACACGAUGGCCCAGAGUAACAAUUGGCAAAGUGGCGAGGAACGAUGGUCCCCUGUCAGCCACGACAACUAGUGAUCUUGUCGCUUCCGUUCGCAGCGCUUGUCGCUUUCUUCUGGUACAAACGCAGGAAGAGUUCGUCACACAGUGACCCCGGUGGGACGCCCAAGGUCGCUGCGCUCAAGCCAGUUGACAGCUCAACGGUAGCGAGUCCGAACGUUGAGAGUAAGAACGUUGUCUGUAACGGUGCUACCUUCCCGAUCACAGAAGAACCGGAAGUGGUACGUGUCGUAUGCAAAGAUUCGGAAAAUCAGCCGAGUUCUCCUGAGAAUUUUGAGGACUGCCACGUUUUCCACAGCACCGUAAUAGAGGACGAAGAUUUUAACAGAACCGAAUCAGAAGACGAGGAAACUGUACAAGAUAUCGUCGAGAGAGAUUCUUCAGUGGAAGAGGAAGUUAUUGAAAAAACUCUAGAACACUGUGGUGCACAAGAAAUAGAAUCAAUUGAUCAGGUACAAGAAAGCCUUAUUGAAGAUAAAAUUGUUGAAGAAGAUAGAGACCAGGAAUUAGAAGUUCCUUUAGCGGAGCAGAGCACUGUAGAAAACGUCGCUUUAAAAGCUGUCACUGACGUUAAAUUAGAGUCUAUAUCUUCGGAAGAAAAGUCAUCCAUUAAUCAAACUGUAAAAAGUGAUCUCAUUGUCGAAGACAAUUUGUCAGCAAUCAUCGAAUUAAGUGAAAAUAAAGGGGACGUUUCGGCAGAAACAUCUGUAGACACCGGGCUGGGCAGUCAGGAGUUGUCUACAGUCGAAGUGGAAGAAUCUGAUACGACCAUGGCUUUGGGACAGAACACGGAGGAGGCGAAGAAUGCAGAAUCUGCGACUGCAGGUCUGGAACGGAAACUGGCAACUCUGGGACUGGACACGCAGACUCCUGUGCAACGCACUGAGCGUGACUCUGCCAACCACAGUCCAGCAGAGGUGAUGUUGAACAGCCCGGCCAUCAGCACAUUCUCUGAUGCCCACAGCGAGGUAGAGAGGUGGCUGAGCCGUUGCAAGAUGACCUCUGGACAGAUGAAGGGGUCAAGCGAUAGCGGCAAGGGCUGCAGCGACGUGGUGACACCGCCGUCGCGGACCCCCGCCGGGGGUAGCAGUGUAGCAGGGGACCAGGUACCCAUCAUCUACGAGUUCGUCCUGCCCCAGGUCAUCGUAGGUCGGUUAAUCGGGCGGCAUGGUGCAUUCCUCCAUGACAUCCGUAGCAAAACACACACCAACGUUUUCAUCAAACGCCAUCCAGAGACAAAUACGCUCAAGAUCUGCGCAAUCGAGGGAACCCAGCCUGACAUAGAUGCUGCUCUGAAGAUGAUCCGACAGAAGUUUCCUCUGCGAAGAUUCCCAGAACUGACACUGGAGAAAGUCACCUUCGUUAAAAACUCCUGUCUUCCUAUCAAUCCUGAAAACUUACAGCUGCACCUGGUGGAAGGUGUGAACAAUGAUGUCCUCCUGUCCAGCCUGAUCACCGCAGGCCACUUCUUCCUGCAGAUGCCCAUGCAUAUAUCCUACCAGAGCCUAUACAGGUUGGCCUGCAUCAUGAACAAUGUCUAUAACACUCAAGAGAGUCCUCCCCUACCAGACCCCCAGCCAGACGUGGUGUGCGUGGCACCCGCACACGGAGGUUGGUACCGUGCGCAGAUAUUGUCUGUGGACGAGGAAGCACACACCAGCCACAUAAAGUUCCUCGACUACGGAGGGUUCCUGACGGUGGAAAACUCGAGUCUGCGGCAGAUCCGUGGAGACUUCCUGCUGUUGCCGUUCCAGGCGGUGGAGUGCGUGCUGGCCAACGUGGUACCGGCAGGCGGCGGCGAGGAAUGGAGCGAUGAAGCUACGCAGUUUGUACAGCUGAUCACGGGCCAACAGACGCUGCAGGCUCAAGUGUACGAGUACACAGAAAGUGGCAUGCCCCUCAUCUACCUGUACUGCACGCAGUUCUACCAAUCUCCCUCGGACCCGAGCGGUUACGAGACUCAAGUGGUGCUACUCAACCAAGAACUGGUUUCUCGCGGCUAUGCAGAAUUGAUUGUUGACACUUCACAAGAUGACGACGGGCAGACUACAGCAACUGAAUCCUCCUAGAUUUCCUUGUAAAUGCUUGCUUUACCUUGUACAUAUAUGUUCGUUUGUUAACUAUUUGUACAAAUAUAACGGUCGAAUUCAACGACCGUAUCUGUUCUAAUAGGGAGGUUUUGCUAGUUUGUCCUAAGACAUGAGACGAUCAUUCGGAUUUCAUUUACAUUGAUUUUGUAAUCAUUUUCCUUAUUCUGUUUUAGAGUCCUCUAUUUUUCAUUAGUUUUAAUAAUGUAUAAGUUUGUCACGUCGAGACAGUUGUAUUUUUUCUUGAUAUAUUGUUAUUUUUUAGUUUUCAUAUUGUGAUAUCAUGUGUAUAUUUUUAAGUUUUAUUCAUAUCUACUUAGUUGAGUUAGUGUUUUAUUGGUCAAAGUUAAGUAUUUAUUUUGUCUGUUGGUUUUUGUAACGUUCAAACCACAAAUUAUAAUCUGAAAAAACACAUAAAAAAUAUAAAGUGCGAAAACAGUAUAGAGAAAAAGAUGUUUGCGAAUUAGAUUGAAUUAUGAUGCUGUGAUUAAGUAUUUUUGUAAUUUGUAUAGUUGGAGAUGUGAGUUGGUCCGGUAACUGAUCACAACAUUAUAUUGUACAACGGAUCUUGAUUGUCGAUCAUUCUACUAUAUCUCUGUAUGCAGGUUCCCUCAGAUAUAUAAAGUGAAUGUUUUCUGUGCUAGUUCAUGUGUCACUGGCAUCAUGUAUGUAAUUUUAUUGCAAUUGUAUUUUGGGUGUACCUAGAUAUGAAGAGCCAAAAAUUUAAUAUAUUGCACUGGUAAAUUUGAUUUGCUAAGAGUUAGUAGUACACUUGAAACUUAGUUGUUUAAUAUCUGAAACAAUCGUUGUAAACUUAAAUAUUCAUAUUUUGUUGGGUUUGAUUGUUGUUAUUUUGAUAAAGUUGUAUCAAUGAAAUCCAACGUGAAAGUCCGUAUCCAAUAAUCGUUCCCAGAGAUUGAGCUGUGGAAUUUAAAUUCAAAUUAGUUUUCAAGUGUGAAUUUGACAAUAGGUUAUUAAUCCUGCAAACCUUAAAGUAUGCAUUUUUUGGCGCCACUUUCAGAAAUUUUUUUUCCCAGGAAAGAAGAGUGUUUGAAACAUUCUCUGCAUAAUUGAAAUGUUUUGUGUUUAGUUAAGAUGGGAUAGCGUUAUUGUUACAGGGUGCGCCAAUGAAUGUUGUGCACUUCUCGCAGUGUUACGGCACAGUGUUACAGUGGUUGCGAGUCGCGUGCCAAAUGUUAACUACUUUCUUAUGAGCAUUUAUGAUAACUGCCACAUUUCUUGGUUUCGUUCUUUUAGUUCCGAUCGUUGUUAAAGAAAUUUGUAUCAUAAUUUCCUGACAAUAUCGAUAUUCUAUGGUUUUUUUUUAACUCUGUUUCAGCCCCCCCCCAACUGUAGUUUUUCACCUAUUUUGUGGUAUAUAUUUUGUACAUAUUCAUUUAUUAUUUGUAAAAUAAAGUAAAAUCUUUCUAAUUUAA